GAAGGGGGUUGCAGCUGCAGUAAACGCUCCCACCAACAAGAGGUGCCGGAUUUUUGUCAGUCUCGUCCCCUCUCCUCUUCCUUCCUCGCACUGUAUCCAAUACAGCGUCCCUUCUCCUCUCUCUCCCCUUUUACUACGGCCCCUCUGGAAUUCCGAGCUCCUCCGACAUUUCCACCUGAAUCCAGCUCCCCCCCACGGCGUCGCUUGUUCCAGGAUUAUUGGUUUCUUGACCGAAACCCUGGCGGUGGAAGAUGGAUGCCGACAAGGAUAAAGGAAAUGACAAGGUGCAUUUGAGGGAUUGGUCGUCCCAGGAGGCUCUGCGCACAUACAAGAGACGCAGGCAGCCAGAGCCGGAGCUGGUGUUGGAGCCCAAGCCCGUGGUUGUGCCAGAGCAACAGGUUACCGACACUUUUUGGAAAAGUAGGGAUAUUGGAUGGAAGCACGGUAUAAUGAUUGAUGAAAACAGACAACACUGGAAGUGUAUGUAUUGUCACCUGACUAGGUAUGGUGGUGGCGUCUCUAGACUCAAACGUCAUCUUGCUGGUGAUUUGGAUGUCAAAAUGUGCCCAAAGGUUCCAGCAGACGUCGCUGAAAAGAUAAGGGAGCAUUUGCAGAAGAAAAGAGAGAGACGAAAAAAGCGAGCUGCACAGAAUGGUGGUGACAGUGUCACCAGGAGCUUUCCCGACGAUACCAAAGCUGAGAAGGAUCCUCUACCUAUUAAUUUGGAGGUGCCAACUCGAGUAGACGCUUGCGUUCUUGAAGAAGUAACUAACCAAACGAAUGAGGGUCAUCAGGAGCCUGCUAUUCCUUGGCCUCCCUUUUUGUUACGAGGGGUAAGAGAUAUUGGGUGGGAGCAUGCGGUGGAUCUUGAUGGAAAUAAAAAACGGUGGCAGUGCAAAUGGUGUGAUUUAUGUCGAAGUGGUGGCGUAACUACAUUGAAGGCUCAUCUUACUGAUAGCAGCUGCCCUAAAAUUCCAAUGGAAAUGUCAAAACAAGUAUUGAACUUCAUUGAAGAGAAAAGAGCAGCACGCCAACUUUUUAAUAAGGACCCAUGGCCUGCUUAUAACAAGGUUAGUGGUUUCUGCCCAGAAACAGAAAAGGAGGGGACUGUGCCAUGUAAGGAUGAUCAUCAGCCUUCAUAUAAUGCUACGCAUAUGCUAACAUCAGAGAAGUGCACAGCUGUUGAGUUGGCAGCUCAAAGCAACCAAUGUGGCACAAAACAUAGUGGCCAAUUGGUUCAAAAUUAUGAAGAGUCAAAGAAAAGCAUUGACCGUCCAGAGGAGCACUCACCAAUGGAGCAUGACAGUCACCAUGUACUAAACAACGAGCACCAGAAUGUCUACAAGAACACCGAGAAUUCACAAAAUAAAGAGAAGACAAUACAAGGUGGCGUAAUUACUCUGAAGGCUUGUUCUGAGAGCAGCUGCCCAAAACUUCUAAUGGAAAUGUCAAAGAAAGUAUCGAGCUUCGUUGAAGAGAAAAAAGAAAUACCCAGUCUUUUCAUUAGUGACGCAUCACCUCCUUGCGAAAAAAUUGAUUGUGUUAGUGUUUUCCCCUUAGCAUUAGAAGAGAAAGGAACUGUGCCAUGCCAGAAUGAUAUAAAACCUUCAAAUCAUGCUAUGCAUAUGCAAACAUCCGAGAUCUGCGCUAUUGAUGAGUUGGCAACUGGAAGCAACCAAUGUGGUAAAGAACAUAGUGACCAACCAGUUGAGAAUUGUGAGCAGUCAAAGAAAUGCAGUGACCAGCCAGAGGAGCAGUUGCCAAUGGAGCAUGACAGAGACCAUGUACUGAACAAUGAGCACCGGGAUGUGGACAAGAACACUGAUAAUUCACAAAACAAAGAGGUAUUGAAACAUCCUCUGAACACCAGGUUUAGCAUACGGAAGCAUAUUGUUAUCAUUGAUGAAAUUUCCAAGCAUUGGCGGUGUCGAUACUGUGGUAUGGAUGGACAUGGUAAAAAAACAAGACUACAUUACCAUCUUGCUGGAAUGUUUCGUCAUCCUAAGUGCCCGAGUGUCCCUAAAGAAGUUUUUGCAAAAGCAAAACACCAUAUCCUGAUAAAAAGAAAGCCCAGGACUGAAAAGGCUGCAAAGCAAACUCCUCCAGAGCCACAAAUUCUUGUGCAAUCCAGUGUAAUACUGCAGAAGAACGAUCCACCAUUUGGCAAUUCUCCACAACUGUCAAAUAAUGAUUUAUCUAGCGAGGUGCGUCCCAACUACCCAACAAGGUUAAGGGACAGUGCAUGGGAACAUUCACUGGUUUAUGACAGAGAGGGACACUGGAAGUGCAAGUGGUGCAGCUUAGAGGGUUAUCAUGGCGUAACUAGAUUAAAGUGGCAUCUUGUUGGCUGGCAAAAUCGACCUCAAUGCUGUAAAAUUCCGGAAGAUGCCGCCAAAAGGGUAAGGGACCAAAUGAUAUCAAGGGAAACGAUGAAAGUGAGAAGAUCAGAUCCACAUGACAGUAUUCACAGCGGUGACAUGGCGUGCUCUUCUAGGAGUUCACAAUUUGAUCAAGAGCAUUUCACUGUAGCAGUGCAGAAUAUUAGUUCUUCCCAAGCCAACAGAACAUCAAGUACAUGCAAUACAUUGUCCAAUACUAUACCUAGUCCUCAGUUUAUCAUGCAGACAAACAUGGAGGGGCCUCAUGAAAGAUUAUGCAGUAACACAAACAAGUCUGAGAUGCAAACUGGAAGAAGUGACUGUUGGAGUAACUGGAGAUAUGUUUUAAAUGAACUGAUGCAUUUGCCAGGUGUACAAGAGGGUGCUGGUAUUCAGAGUUGCAUCCGUGACGUCCUUCUCUACGGUUGUGCUAAAUUUGGAUCAGACAGGGGAAAAGUGGAAAUGGAUUCUGACAGAACAGUGUCAAGUAAUGUGCGCACCACUGAGUGCAAGAAUGUUCUUGUGGACGUUUUGAGAUCAGAGAAUUUCGCCUUGCUGUGCAAUGUCCUUUGCAAAACUGUACAUCAAGAUGAGGAAAGGAGUAGAUAUUUUGAUUUCGGUGUGAUUGAUUCUAGAAUGAAAAAUGGAGAGUAUGGUUGUGCGCCUGAAAUGUUCAAAGAUGAUUUGAAAUUGUUAUGGGAAGAUCUUAAAUUGGCUGGUCAAGAUAUUAUUGACCUAGCAAAUAGUCUUUCAAGUCUCACAGAAGCCUCCUACACAAAUCAGGUUGGAAGAAAGGGAGGAUCAGCUGAUAGUGGGGAUGAACACAAGGGAGGUUUGGCAGCCAGCUCUGAACCGAAGAAGUUGGUCGAAUCAGGUUCAUCGUUCCACUCGACCUCCCAGGGGUUGCAGCAGUUGGACCAACCAGACCCAAUAAACGUCUAUGAUGUUCAAAAGGGCAGUGCAUGUGACAAACGUGGCAAAGAGACGAGGGGUGUGAGCACUCUCACAUGUAAUGGAUGCCUGCUAGUGUGUCACAUUUCAUGCAGUGAUCUUGUGCCAUCCAUGUCGUCUGGAAGCUGGUAUUGCAAAAGCUGCAGCAGUGCAACCCGGAACGAAUCAGCUGAAGGUAGCAUGGGCUUAGCCCAUUAUGAGCCUAAUUUAUUGCAUGGAAAUUGUGUCUUGUGCAAAAGACUCGAGGUUCGCAGAUCUCAAGAAUGCAAAGCAACUGUCCAUGGACAGACACCUGUUGGCGAGUCAAGAGCAGUUGUGCCUUUUUCCAGUACUAGGUGUACUGAGGGUCAGGAACUGUCAACAAUUACUGAUCCUGCUGGUUCAUGCAAGAUAUGUGGAACUCCCGAAGAGGAUGGCCACAUGUUUCUCAUAUGUGGUCACGGUCACUGUCCAUACAAGUACUACCACGUUUCCUGUCUGAAGUCAAAACAGAUUGCCAGCGACGUGCAGCGGGAUAAACCGUGCUGGUACUGUCCAUCGUGCCUCUGUCGAGUUUGUCUUCAUGACGGAGACGAUGACCUGACCAUUCUCUGCGACGGCUGCGACGAGGCUUAUCAUCUGUACUGCAUAACACCUCGCCGCACUUCAGUACCCAAGGGUAAGUGGUACUGCUCAUCGUGUAGCGUGGAGAGAGCCAAGGCGGGGAUGAGACGAUAUGAGAAGAAGGUGCUGAAGAACCACCGUAAGGACGAUGCUCUGGUGCAGAGCAGGAACUUCGCGGCUGUGGAUUUGCUACUCUCUGCUGCAGAGAAGCUGCGGGAAGACGAGCAGCAGGUGACUUGUGCAGGUUAGUAGAGAGGCCCGGUGUUUGUCAGUUAGUUAUGUAGCUGGAUUUCUGUUCUCUGCCAUCAGCUGGGACUGGAUUUCUUUUUCUGUUUGAAAGUGUCGUUGCUCCGUCGAGAUCAGAAGUCCGAGACAGAAAUUGAGUUGUGCUAGUAUUAUCAGUUUCUGAUGAAACAAAUGAGGUGCUCAGAACCAGAAUGGCAUGUGAUGCUUGACAUAGGAUAUGCAUCUGUCAGGAAAUUUUGUACUUAUUGUUAGUGUUGCCUGGGGAGGAGUUGGUGUAACUUGUACAUUCAGUUGAAGUGAAAAACUCUGUCUCUGAAAAUUGCCUCAGGUUUCCAGCAGCGCCUCUGUUCAGUCUGCUGUGAUGCCUGACCUGUACGGCACAGCCUCCACUGCGCUCCAUGGCACUCUGCUGUGUUAUCGGUGGAAAUUAGUAGUACUUCCUCUGUUCCAAAUUAAGCGCUGCAGAUUUGUCUAGAUUGACAUGUAUCUAGAUGAGGUUUAGUGUAUAGAUACAUGCGAAUCUGGACAAAUCCGUGACACGGAAUGGAGGAAGUAAUAUGUUGCAUUCGAUCAAUGUGGUGUGAGGGCCAGCUGAGCUUUGCAAAGGAUGUGGAGAAAACAGUUUGGUGGGAAAAGGGCGAGUUUGUCCAGCCCGGCUGAUACCCUUUCCUCAUCCUCUGCUUUUCGCCUAAACAGGAAUUGAUCUGCACGCCUACAUAUACCUAUAUCUAUGUUUUCAUCUAUGUGGAGGAGAUUUUUUUUUCUAUGUGCGGAGAUGAUGCCAUGUUGGGCACCCAAGGGACCAGAGAGGCUGCCUCUUGCUUGUCCCCACAAACAUUCUAAUUGCUGCCUGCCUACCCACUCUUGCUACCAAGUAGAUGCAUGACGGCUGUCAUGACCCCAAUUCUGGUAGCUGCUAGCUUUACAGGAUGAUUAUGGCAUGUAAAUGAUCAUUAAGUAGGUGCACUAAUUAUUCAUGUGCAAGGAUGUGUUAUCCAGCUUCACUGGGUGUACGCUGUGAUUAAUCAUGUCUCUUUGCAGGCUGGAUAGAUAAUUUGUGAAGGGGGUGUAUGUACAUGUCUAGAGAUUUCGAUAAAUGCAUUGGGUUUAAUCA